GAUCAUCCAGAGGCCUGAGGUGCCAUGGCUGUCAGAGUUUACCUGGCGGACAUGCUGUGGCUUCAGGACACUCUGCCCUAGCUAGCGGCAUCCAAGGGAGAGAUCACACCACACCCAUCUCUAUAAAACUAGGUCGUCUGGAAGUGUGUUUCAACCCAGAGAACUGGCAGGGCUACGUGUCUGACUCCCAGCUGCCUCCCUACUCAGAGGAGAUGUCUGAAGAAGAGAAGGAAAAGGCAAACGGGGUCAGGGGUCACUGGGAUCAGAGACUGGGGGCCUUCCAGAAACUGGUGCUCAUCAAGAGCUUCAUGGAGGAGAAGGUGGUGUUUGCGGUGACAGAGUUUGUGAUCGUGAGCCUGGGGAAACAGUUUGUAGAGAACCCUCCUGUUGACCUGGCCACUCUCUACGGUGACAUGUCUCCCUCCACCCCCCUGGUCUUCAUCCUCAGUACCGGAUCAGACCCCAUGGGAGCCUUCCAACGCUUCGCCAAGGAGAGGGGAUACCUGGACAGGGUGAGGUGGUGA